UGCUGCUUUCACCGGGUGUAGCAGAGGAGACAUACCUGCUUCUUAAACGACAAUUCUUACAGCUUUUAUUAGUAAUUUUACUAUGUAGGGUUAGUUGUAGCUUCCAUUUACACGUCUGAAGUAUUCGUUAACCUAAUCACGUACAGGUCCCAGCGUUAUAUCACCGAAUAAGCUUUAGUUAGCAAAUUAUCUCAGCAACACCAGCGUGGGCUAUGGCGGCGGUUGACAGCUUUCAGUUUUUGUACAGAGAAAUUUCUCGUUCGUGCAACUCUUACUUUGAAACCCUGGCGCUGGUCGGUGCUCUGUACACGGCCAGCAGGGCAGUGAUCCUGCUGAGCGACUGCUGCACGUUGGUUAGGGUGCAUUUUCUGCCCAGAUUGAUCCCAAGUAAGAAGCUGACCCAGAGAUAUGGUGACUGGGCUGUCGUUUAUGGUGCAUCAGAGCCUGUAGCCAAAGCAUACGCAGAGGAGCUGGCCAGGCAUGCCAUUAGCAUCAUCUUUGUCACUCGGGACCCCUCCUCUGUUAGAGACAUGAGUGCAUACCUCUCCCAGAAUUAUGGAGUGGAAACUCUUGUGGUCUCAGCUGACUUCUCCCUGGACCAAGUGGCCUGCAAGCCCAUCAAAGAAGCAUUGAGGGGUAAAGAUAUUGGCUUCCUGGUAAACUGUGUCGAUGAAUCUUUGGCUUCACCCCAGAGCCUGAUUGAAGUGCCCGAACAGCACCUCUUGGAUUUGGUGAAUAGGAACAUUGCAGUCACUACUCUGAUGACCCGAUUGGUUCUGCCGGGGAUGGUGGAUCGCAGCAGAGGUGCCGUGGUCAAUAUAUCAUCGGGUGCCUGCUGCAGACCUCUUCUUGGAAGAGUGACGCUCACCGCCUCCACUGGAUACCUGGAUCAUUUGUCAAGAGCUCUUCACCUUGAGUACAACAGCAAAGGCAUAUUCAUUCAGAGUCUGAUCCCCUUCCAGAUAGCCUCAAGUGAGCAGCAGCCAUCAUCUUCAUCACCAUCACGAAGAGAAGGCUGGUUUGUACCAAAGCCAGAAGUUUAUGCUCGCCAUGCCAUCUCCACUCUGGGAGUCUCAAACAGGACCACAGGAUAUUGGCCUCAUACCCUGCAGUACGGAUUGAUGAGAUGCAUUCCAGAGUGGAUCUGGGUUCUUGGAUCACGAGUGCUCAUUAGCUCAAACUAAGAGCUUAAUCUAACGCACUGGGUCUUGUUGUUACACGAAUCUUGUUGCAUUCCAGCUUCUUCUGCUAUUAAAUCUGUUGAACUUUGAUGCUCUGAUGAGGCUGACACUACCGUUUUCCUUCUAUUGAUUGGGUAUUAGUUAAUAAAGAACCUGCAGUGGAAUUCAUCUAAAUUGAUGAGUAAACGUACAAACAUUUUUUCAACAUUGCUCCUGCAUUACUAGAUUAUGGUCUGAUGAAUCUGUGACAUCCAGCGUUUACUUUGAAGCCAGACAACCUUAAUUAUUUCCAGACCGGUGUUUGGGUUAGAUUUACAAGCUUGUCAAUUAUUAUUGGAGCCUAACAAUAAGACUUUGUUUGGUCUUGUGCACAGAAACCAUUUUAUACGAGUCUCCAUUCAGUUUGCAGUGAAACUCAUUUUACCUCCUGUGUAUCUUCAAAAACACUUCAGUGGAAGAGAACAUUGUGUAUAAGUGCAGACAAUAUCAAAAGCCUCACCUUAAAUGUGAGACAAAUAAGAGCAAUAUAAAACAAACACAGCCGAAGUGAAACGAGUAUAAACAAAUUCACUAAAUACACAAGUCUAAGUUUAAGACGUUAGGCUUGAUUUAGAUUUAAGAAUACAUUUAAGAAAAUAUUUUGACUUGCACUGUGAUAAGUUUUGCUUUUAUCUGCUAUUAAUCUACAUCCCAUGUGACUUCAUUCUAACCAAAAACUUUUUGCUCUGACCACGCCCAUCUGACACAUACACAGAGCCAAAAACAAAAAUAACAGGCUAAUAAUAUGUGAUAGACUUUUCAUCAAUGUGUUUGUGUAAAAAAGCUGUACGGGAAACCUCAUCCAGAUGCUACAAACAUGUUUGUUGAAAGUAAAAAAAAUUGUUUAUAUUUCAACUCAUUCUCGCACUGAGAUUGUAUCCUCGGCUUCUUUGAUUUGCUGGUCUAAUCAAACAAAGAGUCUAAAUGUCAAGCUUUCUACAAUACAGUGUGGUGUUUAUCUGCUGCAAAAAAUAUAUAUAUAAGUGUUUACAUACAGAUAAAUGUGUGACGAGUGAAUGAAGUGUGAUAUUCAAGCAUCUCCAAUUUAAAGGUGUAUUGAAGUUUAUGGUAUUUUAUUUUAUUAAGAAACUAUAUUUAAGACAUUUGAUAUGAGAGCAUUUUGCUUAAAGUGGACGUGUUAUGCUAAUUUCCAUCUCGUUACUGAUUCAACCACUUUUAACUCCUCAUUUCAAGCCAACUAAUUGGCUGUCCCUCACAAACACAAGAUUUGAACAGCAGGUGGGUUAGAAUGAAUAACCUAAACUAUUACAGCACAUAUAUGAGAAAACGAAUGUGAAAAAGUAUAAUAGGUCUGCUUUAGUUAAUCAUUUGUGUGAUAUUUGAACACAUUGAGAUUAUUUAUGUUAAUUGAUUGCUGGAAUGUGAAAUACGUGUGUUAUUGUAGCACAUAAUCAGACCAAUAAAACUCCUCCAUUCCAA